AUGGUAAGUGACAAUGCCAGAAAUGGCAAAGGUGACAGUCAUGGAAUAGCGGCUAGCAGUCAGGCCGAUUCUUCGUCGUGGUUUUUGGAUCCAUUCGAGUCGCGUCGAGCUAAUUUCACAUCAAGCAUAUCUAAAGAUGACUUACUGUUGUUAAAUGACCUGAGUAAGAAUAAGGACAUAAUUGUAACCAGACCUGAUAAGGGGCAAGGUAUGGUUAUCUUAAAUAAGAGUGAUUACAUUGAAAAGAUGAAAAACAUCCUAAGUGAUAAAACAAAAUUCAUUCAAAUUGAAGAUGACUGCACCUCUCUCAUUAUCAAAAAAGAAGAUCAACUCAAUAACAUGUUAAGGAAACUCAAAGAUAGUCAGUCAAUUGAUAAAGAUACAUAUUCACGGUUGUUCACUUCUGGAUCAAAACCAGGCGUCCUGUAUGGGCUUCCAAAAGUUCAUAAAACCGGCUGCCCUCUUAGACCAAUACUUUCAGCUAUUGGCACUUUAAACUAUAAUAUCUCAAAUUAUAUAAUGGCAAGUUUUGAUGUUACCAAUCUAUUCACAAAUGUCCCUCUUUCUGAAACAAUUGAAAUCAUCACUGACUCUCUGUUCAACCACAACACUCACAUAAAUGGCUUGAAUAAGGUACAAUUUAAGAAAUUGCUUGAAAUUGCCACUAAAGAUAUAACAUUCUUAUUUGAUGGCAAAUCAUAUAAACAGAUUGAUGGAGUGGCUAUGGCUCAGAAAUUCCUGCAAUAUUUGAAUGGUCUGCACAAGAAUAUCAAAUUUACUUGUGAGUUGCAGUCCAAUGGUAAACUUCCUUUCUUGGAUGUCAGUAUAAGCAGAGAUAACAAUAGGUUCUCGACUGCAGCAUACAGGAAACCUACAUACACAGGCCUCACCACAAAGUUUGAUUCCUUUAUUCCAAUCAAAGAACCAGUACAACUUGCCAUUAAAGAUAUAAUCCACAUAAAGCUUCUAUUCAUAGGCCCCAUGAGUUAUACGAUUAGAAGAAAAUUGCUAAACCUUAUAAACUUACAUUAUUCAACUGUAGAUCUAAGGAUAAUUUUCACGGCCACAAACACCAUUGGCCACUUCUUCAAAGUAAAGGACAAACUUCCCAGCCUAUUAUGUUCAUCUGUCGUGUAUAAAUUCACGUGCAGCAGCUGCAAUGCUGCUUACAUUGGAAAGACUUCCAGGAAUCUUUUCAUUCGUGCAGAUGAACAUAAAGGUGUUUCAUAUAGAACGGGAAGACCACUAGGGAAACCCAUGGAUUCCCCAAACACUUUAACAUUGUCAGGAAAAGCAUCAGAGUCUAUAAAUAACUCGGGUUUUAUGUCCUUUCCCCGUACUGACACCGUGAAGCUGGUGUAG